GGGCACAAACCCCAGGCCCUAAAAUUAAAAGUCGCAGCCAUUGCAUCCGUACUGUUUGCCGGUGCAAUGGGUGUUGGCAUUCCCAUUCUUGGGAAGGCCAUACCUUGUCUAAAUCCGGGCAACAGUGCCACUCCAUCAUCAUAGGAAUCUCCUUGGGUGUUUCUGGAAGUCCAGACACCAUAAGGCCCUUAGUUGCUGCGUUAGCCUUUUAUCAAUUUUUUGAAGGCAUAGGCCUUGGUGGAUAUAUAGCUCAGGCGAAUUUCAAGUCUCGAGCAACUGCAGUCAUGGCACUGUUCUUCUCCCUUACAACUCCUAUUGGAGUUGCAAUCGGGAUUGGAAUAUCGAACAUCUAUACAGAAAACAGCCCGACAGCCCUUGUGGUUGAAGGCGUUUUAAACGCGGCUCCAGCGGGUAUUUUAAUUUACAUGUCGCUGGUCGAUAUGCUUGCGGCCGAGCUUAUGAACUCAAAGCUGCAGAGCAAUUUAAGGCUUCUGGCUGGGGCCAAUUGAUCAGUUCUUCUUGGGGCGGGGUGCAUAUCAUUAUUAGCCAUAUGGUCUUAGGCAUAGUCUCCAUAAU